UUCCAUCAUGAAGUUCGUCGUAUUCUUGGCUAUCUGCUUGGCCUUGGUGGCUUGUUUGGUGCAGGCUCAGCCCGUUCCUGAAGAGGACCAAAAUCCAGCGGAUCGUCCUCUGGUUUAUCAGGAUGUUCACGAGGAGGUCCAGCACAGUCGCCAGAAGCGGGCCACCUGCGAUCUUCUGUCGAAGUGGAACUGGAACCACACCGCCUGUGCCGCCCACUGUAUUGCCAAGCGAUUCAAAGGAGGCUACUGCAGCGACAAGGCCGUCUGCGUGUGCCGUAAUUGAUUUAGUUUGGAUGCAGACAGCUAACAGGCAAAGCAUUCACAUCCUUAAAUGUAUAAAGAUGGGAACAUUAAAUUAUUACAAAUUGUACUUAUUUCUUAAUUUCACUAAAUUAAAAAUAAAAAAAAACGGUUGAACUUUAAA